AUGGCGGCGCUGGCGCGGUGGGCGCGGGCCGGGCCGUGGGCGGGCGCGGCGCGCUGGGGCCGGGCGCUGUGCGGGGCCGCCGGGACCCCGCCGCCGCCCCCCCCGCCGCCGCCGCCUCCCCCCGGCGGGCGCCAGGCGCUGGCGGCGGCGCUGGGCGCCGGGGCGGCGGCGCUGGUGGUGCUGUGGGCCCGGCAGGCCGAGGGCCGCCCCCCCGCGCUGCGCGCCGCCGUGCCCGCCCCGCCCGCCUCGCCCCGGGCCGCCUUCAACUUCAUUGCCGACGUGGUGGAGAAGACGGCGCCGGCCCUGGUCUACGUGGAGAUCGUGGGCAGGCACCCGUUUUCGGGCCGCGACGUGCCCAUCUCCAAUGGCUCGGGUUUCCUGGUGUCCCCGGAUGGGCUCAUUGUGACCAACGCACACGUGGUGGCAAACCGGCGGCGCGUGCGGGUGAAGCUGGCCAGCGGGGAGCAGUAUGACGCGGUGGUGCAGGAUGUGGACCAGGUGGCAGACAUCGCUACCAUCAAGAUCAAGCCCAAGGUGCGUGUUAUUGCUGCGGAGGUGCUCCCUGGGCAACUCUCCGCUCACCCUCUUCCUCUCUUCCAGCGCCCGCUGCCCACCCUGCCCCUUGGCCGCUCCUCCGAGGUGCGCCAGGGAGAGUUUGUGGUGGCCAUGGGCAGCCCCUUCGCCCUGCAGAACACCAUCACCUCCGGCAUCGUCAGCUCCGCGCAGCGCGGCAGCCGGGAGCUGGGCCUGGCCACCUCUGACAUGGAGUACAUCCAGACCGAUGCUGCUAUCGACUUUGGGAACUCCGGGGGUCCCCUCGUCAACUUGGAUGGCGAAGUGAUUGGAGUGAACACUAUGAAGGUGACGUCAGGCAUCUCCUUUGCCAUCCCCUCAGACCGGCUGCGGAAGUUCCUGCAGAAGGAGGAACAGCGCAGAAGCUCUUGGUUCGGUAACGCGGAGACAAAGCGCCGUUACAUCGGAGUGAUGAUGCUGACUCUUACGCCCAGCAUCCUAGCUGAGCUGAAGCUACGUGACCCCAGCUUUCCCGAUGUUUCCUAUGGAGUGCUGAUCCACAAGGUGAUCAUCGGCUCCCCAGCCCAUCAGGCAGGGAUGAAGGCAGGCGAUGUUGUGCUGGAGAUCAACGGGCAGGCAACGCGCCGCGCAGAGGAUGUCUACGAGGCAGUGCGGACACAGCAGAGCCUGGCCUUGCUGGUGCGCCGUGGUUAUGACACUUUGCUGGUGAGCGUCAUCCCCGAGGUCACGGAGUAGCCGUGCUGCAGCGCAAACUGCCGUGGGCGCUGGCUGGCGGUGCUGGCCGAGAGCCGAGGACACAGGACUGAGACACAUCUGUGUGCCUGCUGGGGAGAGACUGAGAGCUUGCGAUGGACUGAGGGGCCAGGCAGGGGGCACGGCACUGGGAUGGACUCAAGUGUGCAACCACUCCCCUCCCUGCUCAAAUAAAGCGCUUUUCUAGGGA